CAAAAACUAGUGUCAAAUUUUCGCACUUGCGCUCUUUUCGAUCGCAUUCCUUUUCUAAGUGAGUCGAUCUCACAACAACACGUUUAAUCUUUUUAUUUCUGUGUAAUCGGCGAAAAGAUGACGUCCAAAAUCAGGCCCAGCUAUACCCCCACGAUAAUCAAGAAGAGGAACAAGAAGUUCAUCAGACACCAGUCCGAUCGCUAUGGCAAACUCAAGAGGAACUGGAGGAAACCCAAGGGUAUCGACAACAGGGUGAGGAGGCGUUUCAAGGGCCAAUUCCUGAUGCCCAACAUCGGUUACGGUACCAACAGCAAGGUCAGGCACAUGCUGCCCACCCAUUUCCGUAAAGUCCUUGUGCACAAUGUCAGGGAAUUGGAAGUGCUGCUGAUGCAGAACAAGAAGUACUGCGCCGAAAUCGCCCACGGCGUUUCGUCGAAGAAGCGCAAGGAGAUUGUUGAACGUGCCCAACAGUUGAGCAUCAGAGUGACCAACGGACACGCCAGGCUUCGCAGCCAGGAAAAUGAAUAAGUUAGUUUUAACUUUAAUGUUUAAUAAAAAAAAUAUGAAAAUA